GUCCUUUUUGGAAUUGCAUUUGUCUUAGAUCCUAGAUCCAAACUGGGAUAUUUGAAGUAUGUGCUUGAGAGUUUAAAUGAAAUUGAUGCAAUGGUACAAUAUGAAAAAAUAGAGAGUAGUCUUCAUGGAUUGUAUGUUGAGUACAAAAACGUGUAUGGUACAGACAAUGAAGAAAAUGAAAAUGCAAACAACGCCAUUGUUGAUUUUGAAGAAGAGAGGGCUUCAACUUUUUCAAGAGAUGCCUUCUUCACAUAUUACAUGAGUUCUGCAUCUUCUCAAGUACCUCGCACAGAUCUGGAAGCAUAUUUAACUGAUCCAAUAGAACGAUCUCGGCCUAAUGAAGACUUCAAUAUAUUAUCUUGGUGGAAGGCAAAUGAAAAUAAAUAUAGAGUUUUAUCCAAAAUGGCUCGAGAUAUCUUGGCAAUCCCUAUAUCCACGGUUGCAUCUGAGUCUGCAUUCAGUACAGCUGGAAGAAUCAUUAAUGAUUAUCGAUGUUCAACCACUCCCGAAACUGUUGAAGCACUAGUUUGCACACAGAGUUGGAUUCGUGAUGAAGAUAUCUCAUGUGAAACUUUUGAAGAAAAGGAAGAAUCUUCUGGUGACGAAUUAGCAUGAAUUAUAUUUCAUUGUGUGAAAGCACAUAUGAAGGCGAAGGAUGUCACAUAACAAAGCUUGAUCAGAUUUUGUUCAAUGGGAAGACAACGCUGGUGUUGCUCUUGUUUGCUCAGCCCUCCUAAUAUAUAUGUAGCAUGCUAUGUGGGUGGGAUUUGUACUCUUUUCCUGCCUUGGUUGUUAAGGUGGUUUGGGAUCUUGUAAGUUCGGAA